AUGUUGGUUUUACUUCCUCCUGUCACAGCCCCCAGCCUGCUGCUGCACACAGGGUGGACGACCUCCUUCCCCAACCAAGAAGGGCCUGUGUGUCCCCCCUCCUCCAGUGUCGGGGACAGGAGACCCCCCAGUGAUCUCUCUCCUCCACAGUCCCAGUCCGAGUGGAGUUGUUCCAGUCCCAGUCUCAGCAGGCUGACGUACAUCUCUCUGAAUGACGGCACGGCUCUCGACAGCACCGGCAUCCCAACUCCUGACAGACACAAGAGUAAUGGCACCAUGUCUCUGAGCACCACUAUCAUCAGGGCCAGUCCCACCCCUGCAGUAGAAGGGGCUGAUACCCAGAAUCCUUCAGGUCAGGAUCUACCUCCUAACCGCUCUACAGACGUCCUCUGUCCUCCUAGACAGUCCAAGAGCCCAGAGUCUCCUCGCCGCUCUAACGGUCCUCGUAGUGGCUCGCAACCUGAACAUCCAGCAGCCCAGCGGUAUGGGGGCCAGGGGAACCAGCAGUGGUCCGGGGUCUCAGCCCAGGGGAGUGAGGUCUAUCCUGGGGCCAGGACGGGCUUCAGCCUGCCUUCCUCCGAGGACCUGUGCUACAUGCCCAUCUCCAGCUUCAAGCCCCAGGGCUCCAUGGUGGACCUGCAUCCAGGGGUCCCCAGCCUCCUGACGGGGCGCUCCCUCUUCAGCUCCCAGCUGGCACUGCAGAACCUGGGUUCAGAUGGAGCUCUACACCCUGGUCUCUCUCUGCCUGCUCCCUACCACCACAUGGCAGCAGCAGGGAACGGCCUGUACGGUCACGCUCUGUCCUCACGGUUAGGACCCAACGUUGAUCCCUCAGUCAGACACCUCCACAGCUCUGGGGGUCUGGGUGUCUCUGGGCCUGGUGGACCAGGAGGUCCUGGGGGUCUGUACCACUGCUCUAACCCCCACCUCAAACCCUUGGACCCAGGACUGAUGGAGGAGAACCCCUACAGCCAGCGCUGUGUAGCCUCGUGGUCUAACGGCAGCCUUCCCGAACUCGCAGCCCAGGUCGUGAUCCCUGAGGAGCUGAGGUUCCCCCAUGCCUGCUGUGUGGGCAUCUCCUCUCAGACCUCACUGGGCAUCUUCAACCCCUCCGAGCGCUGGCAGCAGGUCUCCAUCACAGUCACCAGCCUGGCCAUCGACGGAGAGAAGUUUGAUUCAUUCCCGUACCAGUGGCUGAUAGUGAAGAACAAGACUAUCAUUGGCCCUAAGAGCACGGAGGAGCAGAAGGUGCUGUUCAUCCCACCUCAGGCCGGGGUUUACCAGGCUGUCCUCAGUGUCUCGUCCUGGCCUGCCUCCGCUGAGGCCCAGGCUGCCUCCCGCGCCGAGGUGUUCGCCAAGAGGGUGGUCCUCGUCGCCAUGGCAGAGAACCCUGCUCUGGAGGUGGAUGUAGGGAAGUGUGGCGGUCUGGAUUUUGGGGACCUGGCAGGUGGCUGUGCCAAAGCUCUGCCUCUGAAGCUGCUGAACAGGACUCAUGCUACUGUUCCUGUUCGACUGGUUAUCAGUGCUAACGCCACGGCCUGGCGCUGCUUCACUUUCUCCAAGAGUCCCGUUGCCAUGACAGCUGAGGGCUUGCUGCAGGCGGGGACUCUGACCUCACUGGCCGCUCCGUCCGUCAUGAACCACGUGAUGCACGCCAGCUACGGAGAGAAUCCAGAGAGCUUCAUGGUUUGGGUUCACUUCCACGCUCCACAGAAGUACCAGUCCUGUUCAGGUGCUCUCGGUCCAGCGGAUGAAUACAGUGCGCGGGUGGACAUCGAGGUGGACUGUCCGGGCCCCAGUCAUGUGAUCAGGAGCGUCCCUCUCAGAGCCAGGUCCGAACGGCCAGAGUACACGCCCCUAAAGACCUCCAGACUGUUAACCUCUCGGCAGCGAUUGGUCAGUCCAGCGAGCAGACUCUGCCUCUGAAGAACGCAGGCAACAUUGAUGUUCAGCUGAAACUCAAGAACAGCGGUGGUGAUGACUGUUUCUCUGUGAGUCCUGAGGAGCUGUGUCUGCGUGCCGGGGAGGAGCAAGGCAUUGUGGUCUCGUUCACCUCUCAGGGGCGGCAGGAAGGACCGAGAGAGUGUCCUGACCAUCCUGGUGCUGCCGUCUGGUCCCCAGUACGAGGUGGUGCUGAAGGGACAGGUGGUACCAGAGGAGAGGGGUAACCCUGCUGCCGUACCCGGGUCCUGCCUCUGCCCUGGGCUU